AUGGCUCAGCCAUCUCAAUCUAAACCGUCUUCAUAUGAUUCAGAAGAAACGAUUUCCUUUCUUCUGACGGCUGCUCAGAAGCUAUUCACUUCAUCGCCUGCUAUUUCCCGACAUUUAGUGCAGACAUUUGUUGAUCACACUGUCUUGCACAAUGUACCUGUUGCUGCUGCUCUGCGUCGAAAGCUCUGCACAAGUUGUGGAUCGUUUAAAGUUUCAGGUCUUACUUGUCAGACAGCAACAGUAUCUGUCAACAAAAAAAAAGCCAAAAAGUCAUCAAAACAUCGACCAUCAACUUUGAAGAGCACUGAAAAGGAUCCAGUAUUGGUGCAAGCUGUUUCUAUAGCAACACAAGCGACACCUCGAACACCAACCACCAAACCCAUUCAUAAACAUACCAACUCGACCCAAAAACCAUAUCGUAUCAUUCAGCAGCCUAUCAGAAAAAUCCCAUCUGUUACAGCAAACAAUUCACUGCAAAAACUUGCAACCAACGUUUGCACUACAUGUCUUGUUUGUGGUUACAUUUCAUAUUUGCCUGGAAUUGGAUCGAAUGAGCUAGCAUUGGUGGAUACAUCUUGUCCAAUGGUUUAUGUACCAGAUUUUAAUCUGCCAGAAACUUCCAGUACAUCUACUUUUAAAUCAGUAUCAAAGAAAAACAAACGAUUAUUGGGAUCAACACAUCAAGAAAAUGAUCCGAUUGCGACGGAUAAGGAUAAUGUACCAGUAUUGAGUUUGUUGGAUCAACGCAUCUUGAAUUCAAAAAAAGUUAAAAAGAUCAAGAAUUCAUUUCAUACUCCUAUUGUAUCGCAUUCUACACCACCUUCAGCUGAAAACAAACACGCUAAAGAGUCUGGUGGUGUAGUGUCACAGUCCAUCAAGUCUAUACUACUGGGACACGCUACAUCCAAACCCAACUCCGUAAAGAAAAAAGACAGUUACAAGAACAAGGUUCAAUUACUUGUCAAGCAGCAGCAGAAAGCCAAAGCAAGUGCUUCCAAACCUACUUAUAGUCUCACUGAUUUUCUUUCUGAUUUAUAAAAUUUGACUUGUGUUGGAUAGUCUUGGGUAUAAGGAUUAGAUGGUUCGCCAAGAAAUAAACUAUAUUCGAGUUUC